AUGGGCUAUUCACAAAAUGAUAAAAAAAUUGUUCAAAACAAACCAAGAAAUAUAAGAAAAAUUGGAGAAAGUUGUAGUCAUACACUUGAAGUGCCAAAGAGCACUAAAAGCUUUAUGUGUGGUGCAUUCUCUGAAAAUGAUCGACAGGAUGUGUUCAACAAAUUUUGGAAAAUGAAGACUUGGGAUGAGAAACGUGGUUUUAUUCAAGGUAUGGUAACUAAUAGACCAAUAGUAAAACGAAGAAAAAUAAACGAACAAAAUAAAUAUGUUAAGUCAGAUAGUCGAGAUGUAAGGUUGCAGACAUUGAAUGGACAAUGUUUAAAAGUAUGUAGACUUUUUUUUUUAAAUACAUUAAACAUUGGUGAAGAUAGUUUCAAAAGAUGGACAAAAAAAGUACUGAAUUUACAGAACCUGGCAUAG